AUGAUUAGCCUAUUACGGGGAUAGUAUUCAUUAUAGAAUGAAGUAUUAAACAAAUCAACAUUAAUUGAUUUUCAAAUGGUUGAAUAAAUUGAAGUAGACAAUUCAGAUUAGAAUUGCCUAACCUUUGGAAUUUGGUCAAAAUAUAAUCCAUUAGGUAAUUCAAAAUUGAAGGAUGCCUAUAGGUUAUUUGACAGUAAUUGCUUUUAGAUAAUAAAUUCGUUUGAUUAAGUGACUUUAAGUCUCAAUUUUAUUUCAUAUGAUUGUGUUUUCGAUACCACAAGAGAAAUCAAAAAAUUCAUCUAAAUUGAAUUUAGUUAGACUGAUUAGUUUAUAUAUUCAUUACAAAUAGAACCUUCUAAAUAUGAAGAUUUUUGGUAUUUUUUUUAAAUUAUCACAAAUAUAUAGAAACAAAGCUUAGAACUAGCAAUUUAUUUUUAAAUCAACUAGAUUUUUAAAGAAACUAUCAAACUUGUUUUCCCUAAUAAGGAUUAACAACUAUUAUUUACAUUUGGAGGCAGUUUAAAAGUAGAGAAUUCAAAUAUUGCAUUGAUUGAAUAAGGAAGAAUAUUUUCUCUAUAUCCAGGUUAAUUAAUUGUGUAUAACAGAGAUAUGGAGAGGAUACCAAUAGAUUUUGAUUAUUGGUUGUAAAUUACUGAAUUUUAUAAGAGAUAUAAAGUUGUGAAUGUGUUAGAGAGAUUGGAAAGAACAAUAUUCAUUUACUCUUUUUAGAUCAACAUACUAAUGUUUUGCAGAAUAUUAAUUGCAAUUCAUACACACUUGCUGGAUGGCUAUAGAUAUCAAAAAUUCAUCAAUCCUCUGAGGAGUUUACCUAUUAGUUCAUAAAAAUAAGUACAAAUUAGGAGGAAAUGUAAAAUGAAAAUUUAGCAGCAUUUCAACUUUUUUAUCAGAUUUCACCUAUAAAAAAUAAAAUAAUAAUAACAACUUAUAAAUACAAUUUUCCUUCUGUUACAUAAGACUUUGAAAAUAAUCCAUAAUUAAUUAGAAGAGAAUUAAUAUUAUAAAAUACUAUUACUUCAUGGUAAUAUAUAUAUGUAAAUCUGCAAGAAAGUGUUUUAGAUUUCUCAAUUAUAUUUUAUGAAGCUUAAAAUAUUUAGUCAUAUGAAACCACAUUUGAAGUUAAGUAAUUCCAAAAUUAUUAAUUAAAAAUUACUCUAGGAAACAUUUAAUAAACAACAUUAGAUUAUUUAGAUGUGAUAGUUAGAGAUCUGCUACUUAUCAAUUGUAUGUAUGAUUUAAGAUAAGAUAAAUGUCAUUACAGCUGUUAAGAAUGUGAUGGCCCUACUAAGUAUCAUUGUUUAACUUGUUCUGCUGAAUCAAAAAGAAAAUAUAUUGCAGAAUUUAAAUAAUGUGCUUGUAUAUACGGCACAAUUGAUGAUAAUAAUUACUGCAUUGAUUAUAAAGAUUAAAACUUUUACUUAGACCUUUAGUUUAAUGGCAAAAAAACAACAAAUUUAAAUUGUAAAAUGGGUUACUUUGAAUUUGAUGGAGAUUGUAUUAAAUGGUAAAUAUAAUUCAAUAUUAUUGUUUAGCCCUUAUGGAAUGUAGAAAGAUUUCUUAAUUUGCUAUGAUUGUUAUAGAUAUUUAGAUACAUGGAGCUUAAAUCCAAUUUGUGAGCAUAUUUUAAAACUUACUUAAGUUUCUGGUAAAUAUGAAGCACCAAGUAUUUUGAAUACUUAUCUGUAUGAUUCUUCUGACUUAAUUUCUACUAAUUUCAAUAUAUUAGAUUUUCUAGGCAAUGGUAUUCAAAAUGAAACUCUACUUUAUGAUCAUUUUAGGAGGAGUUCUGAAUUUUUUAUUUCUUUUUGUAAUAAAGAAACCAGUAUGGAUGACAAAUAAUUAUGUUAUCCUUGUAGAAUUUAUAACUGUUAGAGUUGCGGUUUAACAUUAAAUAAUGAUUUGUUUUGUUUAAAAUGUCUUAAAGGAAAUACACUUGUUAAUGGUCAAUGUAUCUCAGAUUAUUUCAAUUUUAAUUAUGAAUCAUGUUAACCUCCAUAUUAUGCAACUUACUCUAGAGAGUGUAAGCUAUGCACAUUAGAGAAUUGCAUAUAUUGUUUUGAAUUUCUAUAUCUUUAUGAAUUUGAAAUUAGCAUUGAAGUUUACAAUUUAAACUACGAGAACGUUAAAGGAAAAAUUGGUUGUAUGCUGUGCAAAAAAGAUUAUAACUUUAAUUUCAAGAUUGGAAAAUGUUUAUAAAAAGCUCCAUCGAUAAAGAAUUGUGUUACAUCUGUUACAAAAUUAACAAAUGAAGAAAUAUGUUUAACAUCUUCUUUAGAUAAUUUUCAAGUUUCAAGAGAGAUUAAUCAUUGCGAUACAAUAUUAACUAAUUGUUCAAACUGUUUUCUUGACUACAAAAACAAAUUAACAUGCUUAGUAUGCAAUUCUGGAUAUGUAUUAUUUGGUGAAAUCUGCUAUGAAAGUGAAGAACAAAACGCUUCUUACUUAAAUGAAUUUUGGCGUUUGAAAGUGAAAAGUUUUUUAAUAAACUUUUAUUAAGUUGAUGAAAUACCUCCAACACUCAAUCCUUGUGGAAAAAUGUGUGAUAAAUGCAUUUUCUCAUUAGGUGAGUAUUUUUGUGAUAAAUGUUAUCUAGAACCUAAUGGAGAAAAUUUUGAUGAUACAAAUUAUAUGUGUAAAACAUGUUCUCCACUUUGUCGGCUUUGUGAAUAGAGAAGUAUAUACAAUCAAGUAAAUAUAUAUUGAUUGUAUUUAGAGAAUGGCUCAAUUCCUUUAAACCCCCAAUAUGAAUACUAUCUAUACAUAUUAAUGUAAUCUCCCUUUUAUAGAUCCGUUUAUUAAUUAUAAUCCUUAUUUAAAAACUACUUAAUAUUGUUUAGAAGGUGAUUGUAAGAAAGAACUAAAUUACGAAUUUAUUGAAUAUAGCUGUUUUUUUGAUAGAUUUCCAAGAACCCUAGAUGGUUUAGGAAUUCAAACUGAAUAUUUGAAUAGUAUUGGAGCUGUUUCUAUGACCGUAAUUAUCAGAAUAGUACUAGAAGAUGAAUAUUGUACUCUAAUACCUACAAUAGCAACAACUGCUUCUUUAAAAUUUGAUGUGUUUACUUUAGAAAUUAUAAAUUUGAAAUUAUUAACAACUUAUCCUUUUUUCUUACAUAUUUAUAGUUAGAUUCAUAUAGAGGAGUACGAUUCCUUUACAAUGAUCGACUAUGGCAUUGUAUUCCCUAACUUAACUAUGGAAGAUUUUAAUAUCAGUAAUAGCUAUAAUGAAGUCAAUUUUACAUUAAUAAAUAUUACAAUAAAGGAUAGUUUAAUACAAAAUGUUCAAUCCUUAUUUAAAACAAAGAACUUUGGUUAUGUAGAUCUAUAAAAUAUAUCAAUAGUUAAUUCUCAAUUUAUUAAUUCAUCACUCUUUAACUUUAACAAAUUUAACUUAAUGGGGAAUGUUAGAAUCAAUUAAUUACACUUAUUUAAUUGUACUUUUAAUAACUUAAAUUUGUUUGAAUUCUCUUACACCUAAUUUUCAAUUUCAUUAAUUAACCUUACUAUGGACUAAUGUUCUCUAUACAAUUCAGCUGUUUUUAAUUUUUUUGCUUAAAAUCCUUUUGAUGUUCAAAUAUAUCUUUUGAGCAUAUCAAUUUAAAGAUCAAAUUUUAAUCAUUCUUAUUAUUUUUAUUGUUCCUAAUAAAUUGACCUUAUUGCAAAUAAUUUAGUCUUUAAUUUCAAUGAAUUAUUAAAUUCUAUUAUAUUUGGAUUUAGUUCUGGUUUAAAUUCAUCCUAUAUUGAAAUUAUAAACAAUAUAUUUAUUGAAUCUUCAUUUAUUUCAACAAUAUAAUUAAUAAAUAAAUAAUUAGCAUCUUGCAAUUUAAUGUACUUAAUAAUAAGAAAUAACCGAUUUCAAAAUUCAAAUUUGGUUCGACUUUUAUCAGAUUUAUCGUCAAGUGAACUCUUCAUAAGACUAGACAAUGUACUUAUUGAAUAUAAUGAAGGAUUAAUUUUAAGUAGUAAAGGUUAACAAAGUUAUACUCUCAAUCAGGUAAGUUGUUUGUUUAACCUCAAUGGCUAGACUAUUAUUUUGAACAACUUUUCAGUCUAUUAAACUAACAAAGUUUAUAUCCUUUAUUUAUUUGAUAGCCAGAAUAUAGAACUAGAAAACUUUACUUUUGAAAAUUCUGAUAUAGAAGAAAAGGUAUCAAUCUAAACUAAUUGUUUAUAAAAUCUAAAUUUUCAAAACCAAAUAAUUUCAAUAACUGGGUUUAAUAAUGUUUCUAUAUCUAAUUUAAAUGUAAAGUAGUUAUAAAGUAUCGAUGAAUCAAUAAUUAAAAUAAUUUCUAGUACCUAAAAUAUAUAAGAAAAAAUCGGAUAAAUAACAUUAACAAAUAUUGAGUUUUAUGGAAAUCUUCUACAAUCGUUGAAUUCAAUAAUCUAUUUUUCACUUAUUACAAUUAUAUCUGAUAGUAACCUCUACAUUUUAAUUAAAAAUGUAGUAUUUCAAAAUAAUAUUAUGCAUGUCUAUAAUGAAAAUUCUUUCAAGGAUUCAGCAGCAUUAUUAUACUUCUCCACUUUAGCAAGUACAAUUCAUAUAGAAAAUUUAGAAUGCAAACAUAAUGCAAUUACAAACUCCUCCAAUUCAUUUAUUCACGUUGAGUCAAAAUCUUUGAAAAUGAUCAAUAUUUAGGUAAAAUAUCAUAAUAUUCUGCCUUUUAAUAUUUGGAAUAAUUAUUAUAAUUUAAUCUAAGUGAGUUAAGAUUAGAUUUAGUCUCUAAUUAUGUAAAUAUUUUAAAUUAAAACUAUUGGAGGUGCAGCAUAUAUUUAAACCUCUAAUUUUAUAUGUAUCAACUCAUCUUUUGAGGAAAUACUGACUGCAAAAAUAUCAGUAUUUGAUAUUGUCUCUUCAAGCGAUGGAAUAAUAAAGAUGUAAAAUCUAUCUGUUUUCUAAAUAAGAAAUACACUUUAGGAAAAAAUUGAAAGUGCAGGAUGCUUAAGUGUUAAUGCGAUAAAUAGUUUAUUAAAUCUUCAAAUUCAGAAUGCUAAAUUUUAGAAUAUUCCUAAUAGGAUGUCGUCUUCCAUAAUAACUAUAAAUCCUUCAUUACUUUAAAAUAAAUUGCUAUUCUAAAAUAUGUCAAUAAUUAAUUGUGUUUCUUUAAUAAAUUAGAUUGUUAAAGUUUAAUUUAUAACCUAAGCCAAUAAAUAAAAUUCAAUAUCUUUUAUGGAUUUAAUGAUUUAUCAAAAUUUAGAAUCUUGGGUAAAUUUAUUUUAGAAUAUUGGAGCUUUGUCUGAAUCUGAAAUUCAAGAAAUAACUCAAAACAAUAACGCAAUGAUAUAUUUGGAGAAUUGCGAUGUUACUAUAGAAAAUCUUUUUGUUGAAGGGAUGCUUUUUUCUAGUGUUAUAAAUUUAAAUAACAUAUUAUCUAAGAAAAUCGGAAUUAUUUUUUGUUAUUUUAAAAUUUAAAAUUAACAAAUUUAAUUUAAAUUUAUUAAUAAAUACUUUGAACUUUUUCAAUGGUUCAUUUAAUAAUAUUUAGAAUAUUUACUCAUAAAAUCUCAUAGUAAUUAAUUAGACAGCAUAAGAAAAGCACUAAAUUUCUUUAAGAUCCUUAACUUUUCAAAGAGGAUCCAUGUAUAUUGCUAAUAAUUUCUCAAAUUAAGAAUACGUAUAUAUAUCAACCAAUUACUUCAUGUCUGGUUGUUCUAUAUCGAAUUUUUCAGUUCCGCAUUUAUAGAGAAAUUACUUUUACAGUAAUAUAAUAUAGCUCUUAUAAUUAAACCAACAACAAAUCUCGAUAUUAUAUGUUAGGAGCUCGUCAAACUUUGA